AUGAGAGGCACUGCAGUCAUCAUGCUGGAUGGAGAAUUUGGACCUGUGGGAAACCACGUUUCACCAGUACAGCUGCUGAGAGGAAAAGAAAAAAGUACAAAAGGAAACCCCAAACAUCAAUACCAAGAACAUAAACCCCAACCCUCGGAGGUCUCGGCAGAGGAAGGCACGUGCUUUGGUGCCACUGCCAGCAGGUGGACUCCCAAAGCCCUCACAGGGGUUGGGCUUCCUGUGGGGCCAGCAGAUGAGCAAAGUCCGUGGAGGUGACUCUUCUCCUAGCCUUCUGGCCUUCCACUCCCCAGCACCACCCGGGUUAGCAAGAUGAAGUGCAGGAGGAUUGCGAUCUUUGCUGUCUGGCAGGCACAGCUCCCAGUCACAGAUGCUGUAACAGUUCUUGGACUGACAGACCCGAGACUCUGCUAUUUACUGGAUGGAUUCCUCUUCAUUUACGCAGUCAUCAUAACAGCCCUUUUUGUGAAAGCAAAGCUUAGCCGGGCCUCUGAACCACCAAUGCAGCCAGGCCUGGAUGAUGUGUAUAAUAAACUGUCUCGUGGACACAGAGAUGAAUAUGAUGUUUUGGGGCCAAAGCGAGGUGCAGACCCUGAGCUCGGUGGGAGACACCAGCAGAGGAGAAAGAACCCACAGGACACCGUCUACACUUCACUGCAGAAGGACAAGAUGGGUGAGGCAUACAGUGAAAUCGGAAUGAAGGGAGAGCAGCAGAGGCGCCGAGGCAAAGGGAACGAAGGUGUCUACCAGGGACUCAGUACAGCGACCAAGGACACUUACGAUGCUCUUCAAAUGCAGCCUUUGCCCCCUCGCUAG